AUGUCGAACUCGCCACUCUCCCCGUCGCCAGCUGGCUUUCCGCCAACAACAUUGACACCUUGCCCUACACUUCCUUCUUCCGUCUUCUCACGAUUGUCUCAGCCUAAAACGGUUGCCAAGCAGUUGGAAGAAGCAGCCGUUGGAGCUUUACCUCCCAACCCGACUAUUGAGGAUCUGCCCAAGAUUACCUGGAGGAACCGUCGCUUCGUCCAAGAGGAUUUGUUGGCUCGAAAAGGUGCAAAGGGCAGGAAGAGAUGGAUUAGGUCGCAUGGAACCUUCCUUGUCGAACUGAACUAUCAGGAUCUACCGAUAGGCCACGUCUGGUGCUGCGAUCGAUGUGAUAUGAGAGGCGCAGCGGAGUUCUUCUCGGUGCAAGCCACAUCUUCCGCAGCAGAUCAUCUGCGAAAAGCUCACCGGAUCACCCAAGCCAGCCAGUCUAGUGAGCCAAGUCCUGACGAUGAAAGUGCCAUUGAUAUUUAUUCCGGUGCAACACCCAAAAGGCGCCGGCUUGAACAGAGCGUCAUACCAAAAGCGAAAAUAAAAGCUAUACAGGAACUAAGCGUUGAGUUCAUCAUUGAUAGCGACGUGCCAUUCACCAUCUUCGAGCACAGCUCUCUUCGGAAGAUCUUCAGCCACUUCGACAGUGAUUUAGUACUCCAGAUGGCGUGGAGUGGUAGUUCUGUCACUAGAGAGAUACAUCGACUCUUUGAAGCGAAGCGGGAUACCAUCAAAGCAGUGUUGAGGUUGAACAUGAUGGAUGCUCCGUCCAGAACGCCUCCAGGAGGUCCUUAUCUUUAUCAGACAACGGGCAAUGCGACAGAUCACGCGCCCGGUCCGGGUCAGGAAGUUCAAAAUCUCGAUGUUCUGGGCGUUCAAUGGCCGGCUGCUGCAGCUGUGCGGGCGGACGGGGAUUUCUUCCCCCUCGAGUUGGCCUCGGGUAAAUAG